UAAAUAGAUGCCAAACAAAUAACUUGUCGGAGCCAUUUUCCUUGUAGGAGAUCCGUGGGACUGUCGUUAUCUCGCAGAGCAUUUGGAAAAAUACACAGAGUAUGGCUACAACCGAAACCAAGCAACAAAAUGAAAUCUUUGAUGAAGCACUUGGAUUCAUACGAAAAUAUCCCAUGAAGUUGUUUGAGGAAGUCGAAAGAACAGUGCAGGGAUUAGAUAUUUCAUUAGUCAAUCUAAAAAAGGAUUCAAAAACAGCAUAUUCAGCUCUUCCCGAAACUGUGAGUUUGGCACGAGUAUUUGGUUUGCCUAAUAUUAGUGCUAAAAUUGCCGAAUCUCUUCUUGUUGUGUUUCGACACGUUGGGAAAACUUACUCUGCUACAGAGGCAUCGGCACAUCAGAGUUCAAUUCCGAACGACAUCCGCGAAACGGCCACUGGCGUACUGUCUAAACUGCAAGAAUCCGUACGCACUUUAGUGACACUCAGUGAAAUUAAUCCUGAUCCAAAGACAAUAUCAACUGCUUGUUCCGAAGUUCCACUUACUGGCAACGGCAGUGAGGUUUUCAUCGAACUGAAGUCUGCAAUCAAGCGGUUGAUAGAACAAGAAGACACUGGAGCAUGCGAAGCUACUGAAGUGCGAUUCAAAGGCAUAGUUGAUUGCCAUGAUUUGUACUACACUCUUGACAGUUUGUGGGAAUUCGUUUUGCAUUACAUUGUUAUUCUUUGCAUUGCACAGGGUAAAUCACAGAGUACUGCGGAAGGAUAUUUUGAAGUCAUUGAAGGUCAACGUUUGGAUAGGGAAUCUCAAUCAAAGAUUCUCUUCAAACCAGAAGCUGAAUUUGCCGGUGUCGCUGCUGUGUUCAGCAACGGCAACUGGCCAAUGCUUAAAAAGUACACCGAAAGGAGUCUUUCGUUUCAACUUGAAUACUUCAAAAGCUUAAACGGGAGAAAGGUGAAACUAGUCUCCUGUGGAAAUACAAAUGAAACGUUUGCUAUGUUUCGACAUCCGCCAGAAAAAACCUUACCAUUUACACAGAAGAGGUACGUACGAGUAUCGAAGGAAAAUCACACAAUCUUUUACCUAGACUUGAUAGAGGAAACUUACUUUGUGAUUCGCUUGGACGCCCACAGAGUGUUGACAUUAAAAGUCAAUCGGAAAGGGUAUCUUGUCACUGAAAAACCUGGCAAAUAUGACAAAACUGCUGAAAAAGGUCAGUUUAACCUGGUGCGUUUGAAAAAGGACAUCGUUAUGAUUUCAUGCAGGCAUUAUCCCACAUGCUUCGUCACAAUGAAAUGUGCUGAAGAAGACGCAUGCCUUGAAACAAAGAACAUCGGAGCUGGUAAUAACAGUCAGUGGAAAUUGACAGUGCUAGAUUAAGGCAACGCAAAAAAGCAACGAAAUACAUAUGUUUCUCCGUAUCGAAUUCUAAUACCAUUUAACACUAGGGAUAUUUGUUUUUAAUUUCACAUUAUGCUUUGUGAGUUCAUUGUCAAAUUGUGACGUUUUAUGCUUGUGCACUUAUUGGAAAUGUUAAAUCGUGUGUCUGUAAAGAGAAAGGGUUUAGCGUGUAAUCCAUAUUCUCAAAACCUCUAUUUAGAAACCACCUGAGAUAAAAGAAUACUUCAAAAGGUCUAUUUAUUUUCAUGUUUACCACUUGCAAUGAGUGACCACUCAGUGGACUUUCAAAAUGUGGUCUUUUCAUUUAGCUUUGACUAUAUAUAACGAAUAUCAGAUGGCUUCCCGUUGAUUUCAUAUAUAACCCGCGUAUGGGAGAAUACCGAUAAUUUUCACGAGUGCGAGUCAUUUUAGAAAAUGAAACUUACCGUUCUGAUUGGCCAAUAGAAUAUAGGACCAUUUAUCAUCAAAUGUGAAGACAUUUAACAUAAUGUAUAUUUUCACUAUCGCUAAUAUAUUCAUUUUUACUUAAUUUCUGAUGUUUCACCCUAUCAUAUAUAAAUAGUUUUGAAAAGCUUGAUGUAUUGUUACUAUGGACUCCU